ACCGUAUUUUCCUGCGUGAAAGUUUUUCUAGGCAACGCAAAUUCGCUCCUCUUCCCGCAUGGAAAUUCAAAUACUGGUAAUUCAGAUUCUCGAGGCCUUCUUACCAUAUAAGACUUAAAAGUAAGUGUAACUGGAAGUUGAAAUGGAAAAAAGAAGGAGUUUGACAAACCCCCGCAGUACGACAUGUCUGGUGUGCAAGACUUUAGCAGUGUACACUCUAGCCCAAGGGCAAGUAAGUGUAAUGGCAAUAUAAAUUUGCCGAAGCCAGCAAAAGCCCUUACAAAAAAGAGACGGGCGAACCGAUAUAAAAACUCACCGCCGUUUGUGCUUUCGCUUAGACGGGCACGAAACCGAGCCUCCCAAAAAGCGUGCCGCGCGCGCAAGGAACAGCGGAUCAAGGACCUGGAACAGCACAACGACCUUCUCAAAAAGGCUUAUCAGGCGCUUUACUCUCAGUACAUCGACCUUGAAACGCAGCAGCUGUUUAACCAGACAGCCAAUAAUAUAUACAGCGCUGCCCCGGCCAACGUGGAUCCCUCUGCUAUAACCAUAAUCCCUACCUCGCUUGAAGCAGAGUUGCAAUGGGACCAGGCCAUGUGGGAGGCUGACGAGUUUUUGGCGGGGUUGGUUGUCGCCCAGGCGACGACUCCUGGGGCAUCCAAUGAUGACGCGGACCUAACCUUAACCACCACCUCGACGUACGCGGACCCGACCGCUGUUGGCGACCUAACAAUGGAGCCCGCACUUCACGUCAACAUCACUGAGCUGCAGGAACACUCAUGAACCAAUACUAGAGGAACGUUUUCUCCUUUCUUUGCCAAUUUUACUAAACUGCGCUUAUAUUUAAAUGGUUAUAUGGCUACGUAAGGGUUUCGGGAUUCCGUUUAAAUAAGUACCUCGCCCGGUCUUUUUGGGGUAGCUUCGGAAACGGAAAUAUCUAAGCCAAUACACCCUUUACGCCGACAUACACACUAGCCUUAUGCCGGUUAUCAGGCUAUACAAUAAAAGCUUUUGUUUACGAAAAGCAUCGAUAUUAAAACUAG